CCGGGAUCACCAAUCAACCGUUUGACGAGUUUCGCAUUCCAUGAGGUCAAGGUCGAGCUGUUAUUGCCACCUUUGUAUAUCAUCUCAUUCGUUACAUAUCAGAGCUUGUUCGCCCUCGGGUGCUCUCUUGAUGUUCUCUCGUUUUGCUCUGAUCCCAGUCGUACCCGUCCAACAAUCGCCUUGCUGCACGACACCUGCUGGAUGGACAGUACCAUUGCUUGGCGUGCAUUCGUUGUCCAUUGUCGCAUUGAGGAACGUCGCCAGCCAACCAUCAAACUAAAUCCAAGGGGUUGGUGAGCCAGCAAGCGUGUUGGCAGGCUCCAUACGAAGGCCAAAAGACCCAAAUUCCCAACCUCGAGGGAUCACACAGGUCCUUCCGUUUCCACUAGACGGUAGCAUCAUAUCACACCUCGAAGCAUUGCUCGCAAACAUGAACAUCACCAAGAAGUUCGACCGCGCCUUCCAAUGGGCCGGCGAGAAGAUGGGCGGCGAGGCAAAAACCAGCAUGUCGGAGGACUUCAAGAUGCUCGAAACCGAGAUGGCACUGCGGUUUGAGGGUAUGGAGCGCCUCCAGAGAUCGAUGAACCAAUACAUAAAGUGGCUGGGUCGUCAUCUGGAUUCUUCAGAAGACAAAGAGAAGGCUCUUCCCGUUGGAUAUCUAGGACGCACCAUGGUCGGCCACGGAGAGGAAUUCCAGCCCGAUUCCGAGUUCGGUAACUGUUUGAUAUCGGUGGGCCGUGCCAACGAGAGAAUAUCGGCACUCCAGGAGAACUUUGUCUGCGACGCAACUACUUGCUGGCUGGAGUCGCUCGAGAGGUCGCUAGCCAUGAUGAAGGAAUAUCAGGCCGCACGCAAAAAGCUCGAGAACCGUCGUCUGAAUUACGAUGCAAGCACCACGAAGCUCCACAAGGCCAAGCGAGAUGACUUUCGGCUCGAGGAGGAGCUCCGUGCAGCCAAGGCGAAGUACGAAGAGUCGUCAGAAGAUGUCCUUCGCCGCAUGCAGGAUAUCCAAGAGGCCGAGGCUGACAGUGUUCGUGACUUGACGCACUUCUUGGACGCCGAGAUCGACUACCACGAGCGGUGCGCCGAAGAACUCAGACGUGUGCGUCAAAACUGGCCAGGCACUUCGGCCGCUGGUGACAGGUCAAUCGAGCGACGGCCGACUGUCCCCAGCAGGUCUAACACGGUAACGCACAGCUACACCGAGCGACUGCCGCGAUCAAACACAUUCAGCAUUGCCGAGUCUGACAAGAUGGAGUCAACCGCACCGCCAGUUCGUAUGCCUAUUCGUCCCAGCAACCCUCGGAGGUUGUCGCAACCCCAGCAGGUCGACGGUCCGGUCCGCCCGAUCAUUGGCAAAACGAGCAGCUUUCAAGGCGGCGCGAGCCUAGACCGAGAGCGACUUCGCAUCUCCGGGGCCAGCACUCCGGUCCCCAGUACCUCUACUACCAGCCAUAACAUCACGAAUGUUAGUGCCCUUCGCGGCCAGCUGCGCCCAGUGAGUAGGAUUGUGACUGGCAGCAUGGCGAGAGACGAUGUCUUCGCCGACAGAGACGAUGACACGGCGAGCGACACGGGGAGCCCGAGCUGGGGGAACCGCAGCACGAGUUCUGCGACUAGUAUUGGCAGCCUAAGUCGCACUCCGAGCAACAACACAAUGAACUCACCCUUCGGCGUCGGCGUGACGCCAAUUGCUGAUCUGGCAAGAACUACGAUACCUCAAUACCGGGGCGGUGAGACCAGCUCACUGGUAUUUCGCGUCGCGGAAUCCUCAUUGACAUAGAGGACAUGUAGUAGGGGGCCUCUAGUCAACGGUGUUGGUAUGGCUCUUGGGCGGCGACGGGCGUUCUGUGUGUCUUCGGUGUCGGUCUGUGUUUCGGCGGACUGGAUCCGCGUACGUGGAGAUGGGACAGGCGUUGACGUUGAGACCGUUAUAAAUGGGACACUUGCCAUUGCAAGUCAUAGGAUUAUCAUGAAUACAUCUAGAUUGCAGCGUUGCUCUCAUCGAC